AAAUACAGGCUUGGAUGUUGCUAUCGGGCAAUGUUGUUGUAUGCAUACAACACACACAUUGAGCUCGACACGCAUAUAAGCGUAGCUUCAGCAGACUUUAUAUUCCUAGUUCCGGCAUUAGCAUUGCGUAAUAGCUUGUGAGUUGGCUCGUGUCGUGGAUGCAAUACUAAACUGAUAUCACUUCGUGAUCUUGGCAAUUCUGUCGUCUGUGCUAUUCGACCAAAUUAUUACUAUUUAAACUAGGUAGAAAUGUGGGCUGGUAGCGAUCGUUUGUGUUAGCAUGCUAACACAAGUCAACUAGCCGUGUGGCUAACGGAAACGACCGGUCAGUCACCAUUCUGGUAUCGGAGACAACCAAGACUUCAAAUAGUUUUGAAGUGAUGGACGGUGAGCCAGAAGUUGCCUCAGAGCGAAUUCUCCUGGAGCCAUACAAAUACUUGUUACAACUGCCAGGAAAACAAGUGCGGACAAAACUUGCUCAAGCGUUCAACCACUGGCUCAAUGUUCCAGAGGACAAACUCCAGGUGAUCAUCGAAGUGACGGAGAUGUUGCACAAUGCCAGCUUGCUCAUAGACGACAUCGAGGACAACUCCAAUUUACGGCGAGGCUUUCCCGUGGCCCACAGCAUCUACGGCGUUCCUUCGGUCAUCAACUCUGCCAACUAUGUGUACUUCCUGGGUUUGGAGAAGGUGUUGACGCUGGACAACCCCGAGGCUGUGCGCGUGUUCACCCGGCAGCUGCUGGAGCUGCACCGCGGCCAGGGCCUGGACAUCCACUGGAGGGACACGUACACCUGUCCCACGGAACAGGAGUACCGCAACAUGGUGCUUCAGAAAACCGGUGGCCUCUUUGGCCUGGCCGUGGGCCUGAUGCAGCUGUUCUCCGAUUGGAAGCAGGACUUGAAGCCCCUCCUGGACACACUGGGCCUCUUUUUUCAGAUCCGGGACGACUACGCCAACCUGCGCUCGUGCGAGUAUAGUGAGAACAAGAGUUUUUGCGAGGACCUGACAGAAGGCAAGUUCUCUUUCCCCACCAUUCACGCCAUCUGGUCACGUCCAGAGAGCACCCAGGUGCAGAACAUCCUCAGGCAGCGCACAGACAACAUGGACAUCAAGCGCUACUGCGUGGACUACCUCGAGAAGGUGGGCUCGUUCGCGUACACUCGUCAGACUCUGCGGGAGCUAGAGGCCGAGUCUUACCAUCUGAUCAGGGGUCUCGGGGGGAAUCCUCAGCUGGAAAGCUUGGUAGAACACCUCAGCCACAUGCAUCGAGAGACUGAAACGGAGUCGAAUGCUGAGCAGCACAUCAAGCAAAACCGCUGACCUCCUCCACCAACUCCUUGUCACUCACUGCGCUGACAUGCUGCACGCCUUGCAUUUAAGAAAAUAUUCAAGUUAUCACAAAACUGUAAGAACACUAGACCAAUGCAUCAAGAUGGAAACAAAUCCAGCCUGCGUCCUGCCUUUUGUCCUUGCUGUGUUGGAAUCAUGUUACAAUGCACUCCUUGUAUUCUUUUAAACUGUACCACACUUGAAUCUUGCUGGAAGCAAAAACAACCAGUGAUCUGGAAAGGGGCUCUGUAGGAAAUUGUCACGUUUGCUUCUUAAGUGUGAAAUACUAGUCCAGACUGGCUUAGGUUUCUUUGUGUACUGCACAGACCUUUAAUUUCCUACCAUGGCCAUGUACGCUAUCAUUGUGUGAAUGAGGUGACAUUUUAAAAGCCCGUUGAGAACCUUGAAGUUAGAAAGGUGCUAUAAUGAAUGGAGCUCCAUUUGCUUUUUUUAACACUGAGUGUUUUGCUCAAGUCCAUCUUUAAAGCAUGUGGCUGUUCGGAGUGCUUAAGAGACACGUGGCUCUUGUUCAUCAAGCCACCAACUGCUCAAAGCGAACUUCAAAUUGUCUGCUUUGUAUGCAACGUAAUGCUAUUCCAUUUUGAUUUUUUUUUUUUUGUGCAUGGUCAAUUUUACUCUGUGUUUAUCCAUUGCACUUAAGUGCACGUUCAGCAUCGCAAAUUUUUAUCAUGUCCACAGAAUUAUUGUACACUUAUGUGUAGCAAUUAAAGAUUCUUCAAGGAUGU